AUGGCCAGCCCUGCCCACCACCCCACACCACCUCAUGCUGCCGAACCAAGUGAUGCGGCCAAGGCUGCGGCGGAGGCCCGGAAGGAGUGCAGCAUGGCGGAGGUGGCAGCGAUGAGGCCGUCGGAGGUGGGCGUGGUGGUGGUGGACCAUGGGUCCCGGCGGGACGAGUCCAACCGGCAGCUCGACGUAUUCGUGGGGGUGUUUCAGCAGGAGACGGGCUACUCCAUCGUGGAGCCGGCGCACAUGGAGAUAGCGGAGCCAUCCAUAGCAGCGGCGUUCACGCGGUGUGUGCAGCGGGGCGCCAGGGGCGUCAUCGUGUGCCCCUACUUCCUCUCGCCCGGCCGCCACUGGCAACGGGACAUCCCAGCGCUGGCAGCAGAGGCAGCAUCACAGCACGGCAACAAAGUGCCCUUUAUAGUCACCGCACCCAUUGGAGUGCAUGCACUCGUUGCUCGUGUGUUGGGGCAGCGCAUCACCCACUGCCUGCAGCGAGUGGCCAGUGGGGAUGCCAGGAGUGCAUGUGAUGCAUGCAGGGAUGGGGGGGGUUGCAUGGAGUAG